GGGGGGGUGACAGCUUUAUAUUACGGGGGGAGACUUUGUAGUCGGGGAGGGCCGCUCUUUACAGUACGGAAAGCCGACUUUGGAUACGGUGGGAAGGCGCUGGCUCUAUCUUAGCUGUCCGGCUAGCGCCAUAUCCGCUUUAGCUUAGCCGCCGGCCGGGCUAGGCAGCCGCUCGUCCGUGUCUGCAGGCGGCGCGACCCAUGCUGCUGUAGCGCGGGGGGCCGGUCCAUCGCCAUGGUAGCCUCCGCGGCCGCUUUCCUGCUGGUAUGCCUGCUUCUGUCUCCGGCAGACAGCGCGAUAAAAGCCUCGACGGAAGAGGAGCGGAGCGAAGUGGGGCUCGAUGCCCUCCACGACAUGCUGACGGACUUCGAGGUGCUGCCGGUGUCCAGCCUGCGGCAGCACUCCGUCAGAAAGAGGGAUGUCACUGCCGAGUCCCAGGUCGAGCGCCUCUUCAGCUUCACGGCUCUCAAUAGGUAUUUUAAGCUUUACUUGACGACCAACAGAAACCUGUUUGCUAAAGACUUCAAAGUGGUGUUUCUAGAUGGUGGUGGCCAGGGGAGGAGGUACGAUGUCCAGAUGCAGAACUACUUCAGCGGCCAUGUCGUGGGGGAGGAGCAUUCUCGUGUGCAGGCACACAUAGACGGCAAUGAAUUCUCGGCCCACAUUCUGACCGACGAAGCGGAAUACAACGUCGAGCCCCUGUGGAGGUUCACGGAAAAGCCCGAUGAUGACCGGCUGCUCGUGUAUCGCUCUGAGGACAUCCGCAACAUCAGCCGCAUCGCCUCACCGAAGGUGUGCGGUUACGUACGGGCCAAGGAGCUCAUUCCGGAGGGCGCUCAGACCCUCAGAGAAGAGGAGGAGGAAGGCCUGGAGCACGGGCACCUCCACCGGGAGAAGAGGCAGGCUCACAGCCCCAAGAAAAAUACCUGUCCCCUGCUACUGGUGGCCGACUAUCGCUUCUUUACCUACAUGGGCCGCAAAGAGGAGAGCACUACCCUGAACUACCUGAUUGAACUGAUCGACCGGGUGGACGACAUCUACAGGAACACUUCCUGGGAUGAUGAAUUUAAGGGAUACGGCGUGCAAAUCCAGCAGAUAAUCAUCAAUAAGGAACCCACCAAAGUCAAAAACGAGGUGCAUUAUAACAUGGAAGGGAGUCCGGACAAGUCCAAAGACGUGUGGGACGUCAAGAAGUUGCUGGAGCAAUUCAGCUCGGACAUUGCGGAGAACGCCUCGACCGUCUGCCUCGCUCACCUCUUCACCUACCAGGACUUCGACGAGGGCACGCUGGGCUUGGCGUACGUGGCCCCCUCCAGGUCUAUGGACGGAUCCGCGAACUCCAAAGCCCCGGGCCUGGGCGGCCUCUGCUCAGGGGCAUACACUCCUCCUGGAACUAGGAAGCGGACUUACUUAAACACCGGCUUAACCAGCACUAAGAAUUAUGGGAAAACUAUCCUUACAAAGGAGGCAGACCUGGUGACGACUCAUGAGCUGGGCCACAAUUUCGGAGCCGAGCACGACCCCGACAACAUCGCCCACUGUGCCCCCAGCGACGACAACGGGGGCAAGUAUGUCAUGUAUCCCAUAGCAGUGAGUGGGGACCACGUCAACAACAAGCGCUUUUCCAACUGCAGCAAGAUCUCCAUCGGGAAAACUCUGAAGCUGAAGGCUCCCAUUUGCUUCCGAGAGAGGAACAGCAAGGUGUGUGGGAACUCGCGGGUGGAGGAGGGCGAGGACUGCGAUCCGGGGCUGCUCCAUCUGCAGCACGACCCCUGCUGCACCAGCAAUUGCAAGUUCAGACCCGGCGUCCAGUGCAGUGACCGGAACAGCCCAUGUUGCAGAAAUUGCACCUUUGAGAAAGCAGGGAAAGUCUGCCAGGAGUCCAUCAGUGCCACCUGUAAGGGGGAAUCCAAGUGUACAGGUAACAGCAGUCUGUGCCCACCUCCUGUCAACGCCCGCGACGACACCAUCUGCGUGGACAGUGGCACGUGCCGUGGAGGAGAAUGCAUCCCGUUCUGCGUGGCCAGCGAGAACCUCUUGCCCUGCGCCUGCAAUGAGACGACCAACUCAUGUAAGGUGUGCUGUCGGGACAAGGCCGGCAUCUGUGCCCCUUUCGAGAAGAACGGGAAAUACCUCUACCUACGGAAGGGGAAACCUUGCACCGUGGGCUUCUGUGAUGAAGGCGGGAAGUGCAUGAAGCAGGUCCAGGAUGUCAUCGAACGUCUGUGGGACUUCAUCGACAAGCUGGACAUCAACACUUUUGGGAAAUUCCUGGCGGACAACAUCGUGGGCUCGGUUGUGGUGUUCUCCCUCAUCUUCUGGAUCCCCCUUAGCAUCCUGGUGCACUGUGUGGACAAAAGCCUUGACAAGGAGUACGAGGAGAACAACAAGUCGCUCUUCUACCCCAGCCAGAUCCUGGAGGUGUGUAGUAGAACUCUGUUGACAGAACCCAGAGAUGCUGAGCAGCCUGGAGUCGGCCUCCGUACGCAUCCUGAAGCCUCCGCCACCGCCUCCCGUGAUCGCCACGUCCCGCCUCCAGCCCGCCCACCAGGCCUCGGCCCCAAACGCACUGUCCCCAAGCUCGAGCUCGGCCCCGGGCCCCGGCCCUGCCCAGGCCGCCGUCGGGCCCCGGCUGGAGCCGCUGCGAAUGGCCACCAUCCAGGAGGACCCCAGCAGCGACUCGCACCUGGACGAGGACAUGCUGGAGGAGGACUUCCAGCCCAGCGGACCCACAAAGUCCUACGAGGACCUGACGGAGCAGCAACCAGCCCUGUCGCGCAGUGACAAGGCCCAGGUGUUCAGGCUCAAGAGGCAGCAACGCGUCGACAGCAAGGAAACAGAGUGCUGAACUCCCAGCCCCAAUAUUAGGGGUGAGGCAGGGAAAGGGGUGUGGUCAGGAGAUGGGUGGGGCUUAGAGGGGCAGGGCAGGGAAAGGGGUGUGAUCAGGAGAUGGGUGGGGCUUAGAGGGGCAGGGCAGGACCUGCAAACAUGGCUGAAUUAAACACGAGUGAGAGUAACUGCCAGUCAUGUGUUAAUGAUUAGUUAAUCGUUUCUUUUUUUUUUUCCUAAGGAAAUGUGUUGUGAUGCCAAGGACAGUCAGGGCCCUGACCCUAAGGUGCAUUUACUCUUCCAGCUACAGCUUCAGCGCACUCCCAUGGUCACCAUGGCAAUGUGCUAGUUUUGCGCGGGUUCCCCGAGGCGGGUUCUGUGGGUCGCCUUUCUGCUGAGUGACCGUGGUUGAGCCGCUGAGCCCCCCUUGUUCGGGCUUUCAGAGACGCGUUUGACCUCUUUAUCGUUGUUUCUCUAGCCACGCUGAAUGUUUUCUGGACAACUUGGUAGGUUGAUGAGUUAGUUGUUACUUAGAAGAUCAGGACUGGCGAGUGAGAGCCCCAUUUGCCUGAAUUAUGUUCUAUUACCCCCACCGCCUCAGAAUUUAUUUUUUGAAUAGUUGCCUAAAUGCUCGUGAUUCGGUCGUGGUUCCUAUCAUCCUGUGUACGCUUUUUUUUGCCUGGAUUUUCCCCCAGUGCGUGUAUCUGUUGCGGGGCCAAGGUGGCGUGCUGAGUGUGGUAUUCGGUGUCAUUGAUGCAGGUCACACUCCUGUGGUCAUGACUUUGUCCAGCACCAGACUGGAGGUUUGUGGUUUUGGUCCCUCAUGAAGGUGACAGUGGUGGCCCGGCUCCGCAUUAACGUGGGUCUGGGGGAAGGGUGGGGGGUUUUCUGCGUGAUGCCAGGUUCCCCUCCCCCCCAGAGAAGCCUUCCACUGCCACUGGAACGAGACUCUUUUGAAACUGGUUUGAACUGGGAUAUCUACUAGAAUUAGUAGUUCAUAUAAUCUGUGAGGUAUUGCUGGAGAAAUGUUACUGCAGGAACAUGUGUAUGUCUGUCUACCAUACCGGCAGUAAUCUGCACAAUUAAAUGAAAAGGAACUUUUUUUUUGGUAGUCUGAUGCUGAUAAUCACUUAAUAAAAUGACAAAUUAGCUCAAGUAUUUAAUUUCUCAGUAGCAGCAGUUUCUCUGCGUUAAUCUUUCCAACAAAAAUUUAAUCUUUUUGGUUUGCCAAGCUACUUUUGUGUUAAUGUGAAAUAACUUAUUUAUUUAGCCAGACUGCCUUUGUGUGAUAUCACUGUCUUCCUGUGUCACCUUCACUACUGUAAAUGGUAGCGGUGUCUAGCUGGCAGCCUGCAGUAAAUGCCACCUGUCACUCAGUGUUACCCGUGACUGUUAAUCAUGGCCUUAAUGACCAUUCGGUCGACUUUAUCAGAAUGUUUAGCACUAGACGCGGGGAAACCUUGGGUGGAAGCAGCCUGCGGGGCAGCGGCUUGAGCAGGAUGCCCCCCUGAUUCCACCACUCGCUGCUGCCAAAGAGGCUAUGACUGAGUGGUGUUUGCCCGUGUCCAGCAAAGGCAUCUCUGUCAAACCACUUCAGACUGUUUCUUGUGACUUCUUACCUGUACGCCUCUAGAUAAAAUGUUUAUAUUCAGCCAUUGUCUAUUUUCAGUUUUUCACUUUAGAAUGGCUUUCUUAGUGUUCCCUUUUUGUACUAUUUUUUUUUAAUAUAUACUCCCCCUUUCCUCCCAUUGCUUCUAGCCUUUGUUUUACUGCCUGCUUAAUUUUAUGGCUAUUUCACUUCUGUGUCAUUUUAACUUUACUGUAUAGCACACUGCAUAUGAGAAAUGUACGUAAAAUAAAAGGUAUUCAGAUGAUAAA